GCUCGCGGGGGAGAGGCCGACGCUGCCGCGGCGGAAGGCCCCCCACCAGGCCGCUCCCAAGGACGACGUUGCGGAGGUCCUCGCCCGCAUCAAGCGCUUCGCCGCCCUCGCCCAGGCGGGGGGACACAUGGGCGACGCGGAGAAGGAUGACAUGCAGCGCUCGAAGACCGAGCUCGGCAACCUCAUGGCGAUGCGGCUGGAGAACUUCCCCAUCGUCAAGCGCCGCGCAGCCUGCUACCGCGACAUCAUGCGCCUUGAGGGUCUCGUGGUGGCGGCUGACCAGGACACCAUCACCACCAAGACCGACAUCGAGCGGCUCGAGGACCUCGCGGCGGCGCGGGCCUUCCUGGCCGACCUCGGCAAACAGGAGCUCCAGGGCGGCAAGGAGGCGGAGGUUACCCCAGUCCUCGAGAGCGUCGCCGCGAAGCUCGAGGGCCACCUCUGCGACCAGGGGCUGGGCGGCGCGGAGGCCGCCGAGAUCAGCCAGUUGUUCCCCCAGGCCAAGGACCGCCUCCUCCAGGACAUCUCGGAAGCCAAGACGCAGCGGCCCCGUGCCCCGCAGGUGGAGCCGCACGUCUUGCGCCUCGCGGUCGCGCGUGUCCCCGCGGCCGCAGUGCUCGCCGCGAAGAGGGCCAAGGUGGGCGACGGCGUCGACGAGCGCGGCACGGCCGAGGACGACGCCCGCUCAGCAGGCGAGCAGGCCCAGGGCGCGGGGGGCCAG